AUGAGACAACUUGUUUGCGCAGGUUGCAACGCAGCUAUACGAGCUUCUGUACGGAUGGCUUUGUUUCUUGAUUGCCAAGUUUAUUUAAUCAAAAAUGGCUUCGAAGGUAUGACGAGUGGUGGGGAGAAUUUUGUUCGAGGCACGUGGCAGUCAGUAACAAGGAGGGUUGGCGAAAGUGGAUCAUUUAUUGGAAAAAGUGAUGGGAAGAGUUUUCAUUCGUACGAAAUGAGGUGCAAUGCUGUUUAUAAUCUGGUUUCAAAGGGCAUAAAUAAAAUUAUCUUUCUUGGAAGUAAUGGAUCAAUGGAAGGUAUGAACCAACUUUACAAUGAGUGGCAGACUCAUUUGGCACAUCUUGUAGAAGCAGGUCGUUUGAUAUCAGAGAAGGCCCAACAGUACGAGCAUAUUAAUUUGGUUGGCAUAAUCUGUGCGGUGGAGAACCACAUGUGUUGCACUGAUAUGUCGCUUGGCAGUGAUUCAACACUACAAAAAAUUAUCGAUAGUCUUGACAGCAUCGAAAGCACAAUAAGUUUGCAAGAAUGCUUGUUACUCGUCAUAGAUGGAAAACUUUGCGGACAUUUGGCGUUGUCAGCGGCUCUGGCGGAGGAAGCCGAUUGGUUGUUCAUUCCAGAAAAUCCUCCAAGAAAGGGGUGGGAGGAAAAACUGUGCAACAGGCUGUCGAAGAUGCGAUUUGCUGGACAAAGUUUGAAUAUGAUUAUUUUGGCUGAAGGGACGAAAGAUAGCGAAGGAAAUGUUAUUACGCAAAGCAUGUUGAAGAAUGCAACAGAAGCGUUGAACAUGGACACGAUGGUAAUCAACUUCGGACAUCUCAUUCAGACUGCCAGACCGUCAGCUUAUGAUCGAAUCAUUGCAACACGCCUCGGAGCAGAAGCUGUUCUCUUCAUUUUCGGUGCACACGAAACAAUUCCGCAAAUACUGCUGAUCAAUGGAACAACUGUCAAUAAAAUGCCAAUGACCGACGUCAUCGCAAGGUACCAUCAAACGGAGAAAGUGGUGGAAAAAACAGAAAACGGUGAAAUAUCAAAAAUACGCGGACUAUUUUUUCUAAGAAAUUUGGAAACGUUUGUCACCCUGUCGACUGUAGAACCUCCUUCAAAAACACAGAUUUUUCAUAGAACUGUGAGAGUAAUGUGCUUAGGGAUGCCAUGUUGUGGGAUGAACACGGCAAUUAGAACAUUUGUUAGAUGUAUCAUUUGCAGUGGGCACUCUGUGUAUGCAAUACACUACGGAUUUCAAGGCCUCAUGCAAAAUGACGUAGAAGUAUUCAAAUGGGAAGAUGUUCAUGGAUGGAGCAAGGAUCCAGGAUGCAACAUCGGAUCAAGCACCAAAACUAUAGACCAUUUCGCGUUGGAGAAAAUUGCCAUCCAAAUGAGCAAAUACAAAAUUGCGGCUCUUUUACUGAUCGGAGGCUUCGAGGCUUUCUACAGCGCUGUGGUGAUGGCCGAAUUGAGACAUAAGUUUAUUGAAUUUUGCAUUCCUAUAAUCGUUAUUCCUGCAACGCCAUACAACAACCUACCUGCUUGUGAUAUAUCUAUUGGAUCGGAUUCUGCACUAAACAGCAUCAUGCUGAUGUGCGACAGGUCGAGAAGAAGUUCAUUGGAAAGCAAAGGACGGGUGCAUCUGUGCGAAAUUGAUUCUGGAAAAUGUGGCUACUUGACAGUUAUGAGCUCCCUGACAACUGCCGCUGAUAUUUCUUACAUUUUCGAAGAAGGACACGGCGUUAAAGAGAUAAUGACUGAUCUCAUCCAUAUCGCUAUGAAAAUUCGAAAUGGCAGCGGGGAAGGAUUAGUUCUAAUGUCAAAAGAAUCACAUCCAUUUUACGACGUAACGUUCAUGGAUCAACUCUACCAGCACGAAGGAAAGGCAGCUUUUCACACAACAACAUUGAAAAUAGGAGAAAUGAUAAACGUUCGUUCUCUCAAUUUCCAUCGUUGGCAUCAUUUAAAACUGACACUGUACAUAUAUAUAUAUAUAUAUAUAUAUAUAUAUAUAUAUAUAUACCCUGUAGCAGAUCAAAUAGUAAACACGAAAAACCCGGAAAGCUGUUGCAUACUUGGAUUUCGUAAGACACAGUUGCUGUUCACUCCAGUACAAGAAAUGAAAAGUUGCUACAAUUUUAGGGAUAGAAUUCCAAACGAGAGCUGGUGGAUUCAAUUAACAAAGCUGUCUAAAGUUCUUACUACUCCCGAACUGACUUUGAAGAUGCAUAUAUGA